UGCAUCUAGGGAACUCCUGUCAAUCAGACUUGUGGUGCAGCUCUAGCCAAUCAAAGCUUCGGGGCAAGAUGUCCAAUCAAGAACACCAGACAGAGACGAGAGGUGGGUCCUAUCUGUCGCCAUGCUGCAGAUUCUGUUCGGAGUCUUAAGCAGGCAUCGCGUGGUCCCUUGAGCUGCGGUGUGAUCGCCGCUGCCGGGAGCUGUAGGGGGAGCGCAGGCGAGCUCCGCAACCGCGCCAUGGUGAGCGCGGGGCCGCUGUCCCCAGAUGGGGAGGAGCGGUCGGCUGAGCCGCGUGAGCCGGGGUGAUAGGUCCUUCCCGGGGCUGGGGGAGCGGUGGGACCGGCCGGCCGAGCGGACACCCUGUGCAUUCCACGGGGCGACGUGGGCCCUGUCGCUGGCCAGUGCUUGUCUCGGAGGACUCUAAUCACUUCCGCUUUUUUGGCCAUGUCUGCGCAGAGCGCGGGGAGCGGAAGACUCCGCCUAAUGAGGGGGUAGCUUCCGGGUUGGUGACGUCACCGCCCAGUGCUGGCGCCCUGUUUGGGCUUUUGGUGUCGCACUUAUGACUGCUGUGUUCUCUGCGCUGUGGUCUAGACGUUGUGGGCUUCGUAGGUCUAGCAUCAAGUGUGAGUUAAUUUUGUGAAAUUCUCCGAGUCUUUGUCCAAGAGUUUCUUUCGGAUGGUGUCCCAGAAACAGUUCUAGAAAAGAUUGUACUACUUUAUCAAAGGUCUGCCAGGAACUUUCAGGGAGGACUAACUGAGGUGAGAAGACCCUGUCACCAUCGUAGAGAAGGUGGCACUUUGAGAAGUCCAAAGAAGGAGCAGUGUUCUUCCCUGCUUGCCUGCCUUCUUGCUGGUGAGUGCAUCUGUCUUGCCACCGCUGCCACCGCUGCCACCACCACCGCCGUCAUCCUUCCCUGGAGUCACUGGAGUCAGCUUCUUGGGCCUUCUGGUGUGGAUUGAAGACCACUGAAGAAGCUGUCCCGUUGUCCUCUUCAUCAUGGAGGCAGCCAUUGUUGGACUCUCCAGGCCUGAUGAGGGUUUGGUGAGCUUUGAGGAUCUGGUUGUGCACUUCACCCAGGAUGAGUGGGCUUUGCUGGCUCCUUCUCAGAAGACUCUCUACGGAGACGUGAUGCUGGAGACCUUCAGGAACUUCACUGCCAUAGGAUAUGAAUGGGAAGAUGAGACAAUUGAAGACCAUUGUGAAGAGCCUGAAAUAAAUCUAAGGAACAUCGUCACUCACUCUGAAUACACACAGUAUGAACGUGAGGAAUAUGAAGAGAAGCCACCUGAUUCUAAUUUUCUCAAAAGUGUUGAAGGCCUCGUGGAAACUAAGACUUCGAGUGGACCCUCUGUGUGUGAGGUAUGUUUAAAGACCUUUGGACUGUACCACCUAACUUACAACGGACAUCACAACUAUGACUACAAGGAGCUCAGAGGAGGCCACACUGAAGAAAAUGAUUCUGAAGGUAACCAGUGUGAGAAAACUUCCGGUUCCCUUCAAAAAGAAGACAAAAUUCAUACUGGAAAAAAACUCUAUGUGUGUCAAGAGUGUGGGAAAGCCUUUAGGUACCCCAGCGCCCUUCAGUUACAUGAAAGAAUCCAUACUGGAGAAAAACCCUACGAGUGUAAAGACUGUGGGAAAGCCUUUAGAGGUCUUAGCGCCCUUCACUUACAUGAAAGAAUCCAUACUGGAGAAAAACCCUACGAGUGUAAGCAGUGUGGGAGAGCCUUCACGUAUCUCAGUGCUCUUCAGUUGCACGAAAGAAUUCAUACUGAGGAGAGGCCCUGUGAGUGUAAACAGUGUGGGAAAACCUUUAGAUAUAGCAGGGCCCUCAAAUUACAUGAAAGAAUUCAUACCGGAGAGAAGCCCUAUGAAUGUAAACAAUGUGGGAAAUUUUUCAGAAGUCACAGGACCCUUAAGUUACAUAAAAGAAUUCAUACUGGAGAAAAACCCUAUGAGUGUAAAGAAUGUGGGAAAGCUUUUAGAUGGCUUACUUCUCUGAAGUUACAUGAAAAGAUUCAUACUGGAGAAAAACCGUAUGAAUGCCAAGAGUGUGGGAAAGCCUUCAGGUGUCAGGCUUCCUAUCAUAGACAUAAAAUAACUCAUGGUGGAGAAACAUUGUAUGAAUGUAAGGAGUGUGGUAAGUCCUUCAUUUAUCCCUCUUUACUUCAAGUGCAUGAAAGAACUCACACUGGUGAAAAACCCUUUGAGUGUAAGCUCUGCGGUAAAGCCUUUAGGUGUCAGUCCUCGCUUCGACUGCACGAGAGAACACACACAGGAGAAAAACCCUAUGAGUGUAAGCACUGUGGCAAAGCCUUUUCAAGUUACAAUUACCUUCGAUUUCAUGAACGAAGCCACACUGGAGAGAAACCCUAUGAAUGUAAGGAGUGUGGUAAAACUUUCACACAUCGCUCUUACCUUCGAUCACACGAAAGAAGACAUACUGGGGAGAAGCCAUACCAGUGCGGACAGUGUGGCAGAUCCUUCAGCCGGCAUAGUUCCUUUAAGAGACAUCAGUCUGUUCAUGGAGAAAGCCCAUAUGAACAGUAUCUAAUUCCAUUAUCCCCAUUUCCUUCAAAGGAAUGAAAGAACAGAUUGGUAACAAACCCUUUGAAUGUAGUAAACAAUGUAGCAAAUUACCCCAUCCACAUAAAACAGGCAAAAACUCCCGACAAGGGGGAACCUUUUAUCUGUAAACAGUGUGGCCGUAGCCUUCAGGGGUCACAGUGUCCUUCAAAGAAGGAAUUCUUGCUGGGCAAAGUUUAUGUUUGUUACCAAUGUGGUAAGUGUCGAUUGUCACAUUUCCUUUCAGAGAAGUAAGUUAAUUCAUGUUGGGCAAAUGCCCUAUGAAUGUAUAAGAUAUGGUUAAUCUUUUAUUUAUCUCUAUUUGCCUUAAAAUCAUGAAAGAAAUCAUAGUGGUGAAAAAGCCCCACAUGAAUAUAAACAAUGUGGAAAGCCUUCAGGUGUCACAGGUCCUUUCACUAGCAUGGAUGAAAUGUCAUGUUGGAGAGAAAAUGGGAAUGUAAGGUAUGUUAAGACCUUGAGAUAGCAUUGUUUCCCUAGAUUCCUAGAAUGAAUUCCAACUGGAAAAAUUUCCAAAUGGAAACAGCUGUGAAGCCUUCACGGUCACAGUUGUUUAAGAUGCUCAUAGUGUUGGAAGGUGGGCAGUUCUGUGAGUGUAAGGAGCGUGGGGAUUUAAUGGUUGCUAGGAGAUGGACAUUUCCUUUGCAGUGGCUUCCCAUGACUUGCCUGUACUCUUGUAAAUACCCCAGAUUAGACCCCGCUGUUCCUCAAGCCCACCUGGGUAGAAUCAUUCUUGGUCCCUGCCAUCGAUGCACGGUCUGGGAAGAGCAGACCUUCGUAAAUGUCUUCAGGGUUUUAACGUUGUGUUUACAUCCGUCUGAAACAUGCAGCAGGGGUGAAGGCUGUGCCCUAACGUGCUGGGCUUCUGUUUCGGAUGGGUGCUUCAGCUGUCAGCUUGACACAAUCUGGUGUCACCUGGGAAAGGAGUCUCAAUACUGACCUGAGUUAGGUUCGCCUUCACACAGCUGUGAGGGAUUUUCUUACUAGGAUUAAUUGAGGUAGGAAGACCCAUCCUGAAUGCUGUCAGUGCUGUUUUAUGGACUGAAUAAAAAGGACAGAAGUAGCUGAGCACAGAGAUUCCUUGCUGUCUGCCUUGGGACUUAUGUCUACUGCUGUGUCAAGCUCCUGCCACUGAGACUGGCCCACAGUAAUGGAUUGUAACCUGAAACUAUGAGCUGAAAUAAACCCUUUCUUCCCUAAA